UGAAUGAAAAUUCAAAACCUCUACGCACAUAAGUGUGCCUAAUCCAACUCUCAGGAUUAGGUUAGGAUAUUUUUUCGUUCAGAUUUUCGUUUAAGAAAUCGAUGCAAUAAAUUGAAGGCUUUUUGGAACUUUCGUUUCUUUUCUUUUCAGUGCUUUUCUCUGCGACCAAACGAAAUCCAUAAAUUUCACUCCAUGCAGUUCCACUGCAAUCCGUUUAUCCAUAUAGCUUUCUUUCUGCUAUUUCGGUUCCAAAGCUGUACUUCUUCUUUGCAUUGCAAUGCUGCUUUGUAUAAUUCCUGCUGUUAGUUAUCCGCACAGAAUUUGCAGAUUUGUUCGUUUCUUCGUGAAUUUUUCUUCGUCCUGUGCUCUUAGAACUGUAGAUUUUAUUGAAGACAGCAAGGCCAGUGACAGUGAUUACAUUGAGUUACAUCGUAGAAUGCAGAAUUAUGCCACGUCAGGCUACUUUAGAAAAGCUCUGGAAAUUUUGAUUUCCAUGGGAAAUGUACCUGGGAAACCUACCGUGUCUGAUUGCAAUGCUUUGAUGUACUGCUAUUUGAAAUCACGAAACGAAUUGUUGGAAGAGUUGCUUGAGGUCUAUAUUGGGAUGAAAAGAUUUGGGCCACCCCCUAAUGCCUUAACCUUCAAUAUGCUUCUUAAUAGGAUGUUAUCUCUUUGUAAGUUGAAAGACGCAUUGUUUAUUGCCAAAGAGAUGUGUGGAAGUGGGUUUAAACCGUCAUUUACAUCAUUGUCAAAAAUUUUGAAAAAAUCACUUAUGUUGGGGAGUUUGGAUUGUUCACUUGGCGUGUUUCAGUUAAUGGUGAAGUUGGAAUUUUUGCCAACCGAACCCGCUUUGAACUUGUUGGUUUCUCUGCUCACCAAAGCUGGGAUGAUUGGUGAGGCAUGUUCAGUGUUAUCUGUUCUCCUGGGUAAGGGUUAUUUUUGUAGUGUAUAUAGUUAUAAUCUUAUUCUAUGGGCUUUGUGUAAGUCUGGUCAGAGCAAUAGAGCAUUGGGAUUAUUUUGUUUGAUGAAUAAGAAGGGUAAUGUACAGAAUGUAUGCUCUUAUACUGCUUUAAUGUAUGGAUUUGGUAGAGAAGGUUUAGGAGAAGAUCUUUUUCAUUGUUUAAAUGUGAUGCAUAUUGAUGGUUUUAAGGCAAAUAUCAGGACAUACACUAUCAUAAUUAAGUUUCUUUGUGAGGCUGGGAGGAUUGAGGAGGCAUUUGCCUACUUGGGUAGGAUGGAAAGGGAAGGAUGUGAUCCAGAUAUGAUUGCAUAUAAUGUAAUUCUCCGUGAACUUUGCCAUCAAGAUAGAGUUGGAGAGAUUUGUGAGCUCAUUCAGGUGAUUGACAGAAAGGGAUUUUCACCCAAUCCACACACAUAUGCUGCCUUGGCUGGAGGCAUGUUAAAAGCAGGCAAAAGAGGGGUUGCUCACAAAAUAUUGCUUGAUGUGAUUUCAAGGAGCCAUACACUGGAUGUUGCUGUAUAUAAUAUAUACUUCCAUUAUUUAUGUUGUGAGAAUAGGUCAAGAGAGGCAUUAUCUCUGUUGAAGGGUAUGGCAGAAGGUGGUUUUAUUCCAAGUAAUGUGUCUUAUAACACAAUUCUGAAAGGUUUUUGUAGAGAGAAUAGCACUGAAGAAGCUUUGGAGCUCUUGGAUCGUUUUGAGUGGGAAAGAAAUGAAAGAAAUGGACCAGAUGUAGUUUCCUUCAAUACUAUUUUGUCUGCAGCAUGCAAACAGGAAAACUCUUCGGUGAUUAAGAGGAUAUUGUUUCGUAUGGAGUAUGAAGGGGUUGAGCUUAAUGUUGUUAGUUUAACUUGCUUGAUUCAGUAUUUCUGUACAGUGGGAAGAUUUUCAGAAUGGUUGAAUUUAAUGGAGUACAUGAUCUGUAAUGGCCAAACUCCAACUAUAAUCACUUUUAAUAUGCUAAUGGACAAACUCUGCAAGAGUGGGUUACUUGGAACUGCCCUCCGGAUUUUUAAAUAUCUUAAGAACUCCGGGUAUGUUCCUGAUACGAUUUCAUAUAAUAUUCUUAUGCGUGCUUCCAUAAGGGAGGAUCUUAACAUGCUGGUGGACCAAUUGUUCAAGGAAAUGUAUACCCAAGGGCUAAAGCCAGAUGCCUAUACCUAUGGGUCCAUCAUUUAUGGCCUUUGUAGGGAUGGGAAGAUAUCAAUUGCUCUCCAGAUGAUGGAUCAGAUGCGAGAGAAUGGGCUUACUCCAAGUAUUGCAAUUUACAGUAUCCUAUUGAAUGCAAUGCUCCAAAGCGGUAAGGUUUGUGGCUUCAUCUCGUUAUUGAAAACUAUGGUAAUGGAAGGGUGUCAACCUAAUGAGGUAACGCUUGGAAUUCUGAACCAAGCAAUGUCAAAAGGUUGGAUGAAGAAAUAUCCUGAAGUCAGGAAGCUUCUAGGGAUUGUGAUUAUGAGAUAAUUUAAAGGAAGAAACUCGGCAUGGCAUGAUAAGAAUUUCAUUAAUCAUACUCUUGGAGCUCACUACUCUCACAUUAUCUGAAUUGCCAAGAAGAUCAAACGUUUAAUCAGUUUUGAGAAUAAAACCAAUGGACCGGUUUAUAAAGUUCACAUUCACAUGCCAAAGAAACCGCCACCUGUGGAGAGCUUGCCGAGCUGUACUCUGGAUCAACAAGGAAAAUGAAGAUUUCAAGGAGUGGUUGAUGCCAAUAAUGGGGUAUGCUAUAAUUACCAACGACUAGUGCUAGAGCCUGGAUGGAAAAAAACAGCUCCCAGCAGACCUGGUGUUUGUGAGUGAUGAGAAACUCCAUGAUGUAUACAAAAGAGAUGUCAACGACCUAAUUGUGAGCCAAAGUGUCGUUAGGCUGGGGGACUGGGAGGGAACAAGGGUAAUCUAACCACACUGAUGGCCCUAAUUGAUCACUUCCAGUGAACUGGCAUUGUAAGCGCUGGUUAUGAGCUUGUCGUUGACAGAUAGGGAAUGUGACUAGUAAAAGAGCCUGCUAACAGGGGUGAUUCGAGGAUAAAAUUUAAGCUAGCUAUACUUCCCACGAGUUGGCACCUGAGCAAAGAGCCGCACUUGAGCAUUCUGCCCAAGAUAUCAACAAUGGCGUUUGAACACUCGGAGAGAUGCUGGCAUACCGAGGAAUGACUGAUCAGCUGCCUAAUUGAAUAGCUCUCCUCUUCUGUAUUUUACUCAUUUUUAUCACUUGGUUCCGCUGCGGUUCUUUGUAUCCCCCCCCCCCCCUUCCCCUUUUUUUGUCAGUCUUUGUCGCGUUAACAAGAAAAAAAAAAAAAAAAAAACAAGAGUUGUACAGUUUGUAUCGACAGAACAUAAACAUUCUAUGUGAAUAAAGCAUGCAGCAUACACA